AUGCCAGUGGAAUGGGCGCGAUGGGCCUUUCGCGCAACGGGUCUCGCCAUCGCAGGAGGGAAGAAAGCAGUCGAAACGGAUGACCUCGUAUACCAAAACACGGCGUCCCUCGGCGAUGCAGAAACAGAAAAUUUCGUCGGGUGGUCGGGUGGAUUGGCCACAGCCAGCGAUAUCCAGGAACAAGACGAGGUCGGGCCUCUCGGCCAGACAGCCACGGCGGCGGUGGGGCUUGACGUGUCGCGCCCAUCUCAUAGGCCGGCUGGAUGGCGCCAAUGUGGAACACGUCAAACGAUCCAUGCAGGUCCAGGGUGCACCGGUCAGAUUGGGAACGGCAAGGGCAAGGGUAAGGGCAAUGGCAAAUGGCAAUGGCAAUGGCAAUGCUGGCAAGCGCACCAGAAUGCUGCUCACACUGGUAGUUUCUCCAGGCCCGAUGGACUCAUCUCGUGGGUUCGGUUGAGCCUGAACGGCGUGAUUCUAUAUUGGGAGUAUUGGAGUCUUUGUUCAAUGGUUCGCAUGGUCCCCGAGCGAGUCAAAAGACGUGUCCGUGCCGCCAUGCUGCCGAGGCCAGAUGCCCUGGGCAAGACUUGCCCUCGCGAGUCGGGAGAAGGUUCUUUCGCCGCUUCUAUCGUUGGGGAGAACCGCGGGAUGCUGGCGGGAACUCUCACGCACUGCCAGCUGUUCGCCUCACGCACCAGUCCACACGGGACGUACCGACUCGCGAACUAUGCGCAGAACGUGACUCACCAGAUGCGCUGGACCUCACAGCUUCCCCGAGACCAACCAGACCACCAGACCACCAGACACAUCCAUUCUGGAUUCUCAUCACACCGCAAAAUCAACGGGCUGUUCAUGAUGCUGUUCAUGAUGCUGUUCAUGAUGCCCCUGGCCACGCUGGCCACAGACCGUCGAAUAUACCCCCUGGUCGCACGGUAUACCUCCAUUGGGCCCUGGAGUGCCUCGUACGGAGUACAGUAG